AUGCAGAUUGUUGGGCCAAUUGUGUUUCUGACUACAGGACUGGCAUUUAUAUCACUGCUGGUCUCUCUGCAUGAACCUGUUCAUCCUAUUGCUACCACUGUCACUCUGAUAGAUAUCAAAGCUGCUCUUCCAUCUGAUUCGUUGUCUUCAUUAGACAAGUCUUAUCAUGUCGGUCUCAUGCCUUCACUCAAUCGAUCUUUGUUACUGUGGUCGUUAUCUCAAGGAGAUGAUAUUCGAAAUCCUAAAAGUCGACUUAUUUCACAACGUUUGUUCCUUGACCAAUUCGUCAAGACUGCUCCACAAAAACUAUUCUCUAUUCAAAACCAUCAGCUUAUAGACUUGCAAAAUAUUCAUGUCAUCACCAACGAUACAUUCAACGAAUCUACAAAGUAUAUUUUAACUGAUGAUGCUGGAUCUCAUCUUCCAACCAUCACACUUGUCACAAAUACUGUGCAUGAAGAGGAGUCUGUUUAUUAUGCGCGAGUUUAUGCUAUAGAAACCCCAUCCAAUUCUGAUCCAGGAUCUUAUAAAUUUGUUCAAGCUCAGGUUCCUGGAAGUUUGACCUUUUCUCGACUAUCCUAUGGAGUUCCACAUAGACUGGUAUACUCACGAAAAAGCGAUGCUCGUCUUUUUCGCAUCAUUGAUAAUCUAGUCCCACUCAGUACUCCUAGAGCACAGAUUAAUAAAAGUGAUGAUGUAUUAAAGUCCCCGUCUGUGCCGUUCAAAUCACUUCCAGGACCUUUAUUCGAAACAUUUCCUGGACGUAUACUAAGCAUUGUACCACUAUUUACUAAAAAUUCUUUAGAAACGCUUAUAUUUAUCUUCCAGUACAAAUCCCUUCCAAACACCAAACUAUUUAAAAUUCACAUUUCACUGUUUCAUUGUCUGCAAGGCGGUGAAUGGGAAAAAAGAAUUUUAUGGGAGAAAGACUGGCAUGGCUUGGGAGAAGACACCAUUGCAGCCGAUGAAUUACAUCUCCUGUAUUUUUUAACUGAUCCUGUUGUAGUAACCUCGAGGUUUUCCAAAGUAGUUUCGUUUGUAUUUAUGAAGCAGAUAUUUACACUAGACUAUGUGGGCGAUGACACAGAAAAACAGUUUGAUGGGCCUAACCUAGCUUUUGACUAUGUGCUGUCUUGGCAAAAGAUUCACUUACUGUCUGGAUCUGAGAUGGAGAUCAAUAAUAUGCAUAUUGAUACUUUUGGACGAACACUGGUUUUAUCAAACAAGCGAAAUCAAGUAUUUAUUUUGAAGCGCGCUUUAAAGACCAAACCUAUUGACCAGUUUCAUACAGAUCCAGUUAAUGCUGAACAGGAAAUGGAUCAUGCUACGAACCCAAACCAAAAACUACACGAAUCAACUGAAGGCUCUCAGAAAAUUGCUCUGCAGUCAAAUACUAUACUUUCGCAGAUUGGUGGUUAUGUUGAUUUAUUUUUAAGCUCGCCUGAAGUAUCUCAAUUUUUUAUGGAAAUGUUUUGGGAUCAAUCCAUUGCAGAUUUGAUUGAUGAUUCCCACGAUAAUAUCUCGUCUCCAUUGUUUGGGGAGUGGGAAUUAAAGGGCUAUUGGAAUUCUGCAGACUAUGCUUAUCAAGCACCAACAACUAUAGAAGCUGUCACGCUUUUAGAAUCAACGGAUCACGACUUUGUGAUAGUAUUGUUGGGCAAAAGCCAUAUAGCUGUUCUUGACUAUGAUCGUGUCUACAAGGGACGACAUAUCACGCAGUUUAUUAGACGGCACGCUAUUCUUGUGAUGGCUCUCGUUUUUAUUACUGCAAUGUUUAGCAUCAACGAGUUUAGAUCUAGUUCCAUGAAAUUCAGAUCAGGAUCUACCAGUACACCACAAUUUAGUAAAUUGAAAUGGUUCAAGGGGUUUGCUAUUCAGACUCGUAGCAAUAAGUGA